GUUUUAAUCUAUGCGUUCUUGUCGUUGUCCAAGUUAAAUUAGUUUUUUGAAAAUAUUAACUCAUACACAGUACCUGUAUGAGAUUUGUACUUGAUCUUUGCGAUAAUAUUUUUUUUAGUUUACUCAAAUGUGUCUACGAUAAAAAAUUAUUAUUGUUAUUACUUCGUUAAUAACUGUAUUGAAUCAUGCAACGUAAAAAUGAAAAGGAAGAAAAAAAAUUACUCAACUGCAUUUGUGAAGUUAAUAUUGAUGGAAAAAUGGGUUUAUUAUCUUUGUACGAUGAUCUUCCUCAUUUUGAGUACGACCUGACAAUUGAUAACUUGAAAAACUCAAUUACAACAUUAAAAACACUUAAUCAAGAACUGAAACAACGUAUUAAACAAUUGGAAAAUGAAAACACUCACUUAAAAUCUGUUAAUAUGGUAUUAUCUAAAAAUAUCACAUCAUUAUUUAAAACAGCUAGUAGUGAGAUCCAGAGGAAAGAUAAAAUGAUUGAUGAUCUUCGAAAAAGUCAAGCUGUUUCACAAUCAUACAGAUCAAAAAUGUUUUCUUCUAAUAAUGAUUAUCAAAUUGAAAAAACUGAAGUAUACAAAUUAUCUGAAAGCAAGAAGAAUACAGAACAAAUCCAGAAUACUGUAGAAAAAACUAAAGAGCUUAACCCAAAUAAUAAUAAUAUUACAACCAUUGCCAUUAAGCCUAACCUUGAUAUUCCUAAAACAGUUUACUAUAAAAGAUUAUGUCGAAAAUUAGCUCAAAAAAACGAAACUACUCUAUCCAUAAAACAGAUGCCACAACAUAUAGAAAAUACAAUUACCACAGAUAAAAUAAUAAGUGAUAAAAAUGAAGAAGUUAACUAUGAUGAAAAUAUACUUAAAGAAAUGACAACUUCUAUUAUUCAUAAUGAAUCUAAAGAUAUUAAUUCUACCCUAGUAAUUUGUGAAUCAGACAAAACAUUAAGUGACUCUGAACUUGAUACUACUCCAAUUAUUCAGUGUGACAACAAGGAAAAAGAUAAAGAAAAUGUUUCUGAAAAAUCAUUUUUUUCAAAACUAAAACAACCAGCUAAACUGAAAAAAAAACUAAUAAUAACUCCAUCUACUAUUGGUGUUCAAAAUAAACAACCUAAAAUUUUCAAAAGUGCUAAAAAAUUAAACCAAAUUAACAUCUCGCCAAUAAAACAAUGUGAGAUUAAUAAUUCACCAGAAAAACAAAUAAUAAAAUCUUUAAACAAAGACACUCAGUCAUUAUCUAUUAAAAAUAAUAUUAAUACUCCAGAAUAUAAUCCAAAAGCAGACAAUAAACCACUAAUAAUAGAAAGUCCGUCUCAAAAAAAUAAUCAGUCCACAUACAAUAUUGAUACUCUAAAGUGUACAAAUAAUAUCAUAGAAUCCAAGAACUCAAAUAAAUCUAGUGAAAGUUCCUUCAGAAAUAUACCUGUUGAAACAAGUCCUGCAAAUAAAACUAUUACAACAUCACCUAUCAAUAUUGACGUUGAAAAAGUUCCAAUUAAAAAUAAAACUAAUGUAAUAAAAAAUGAUAAAAAUACUCAGAACAAAUUUAAUAAAGUUACUCAGUCGUCAUGUAUUCUGAAUAAAAAUCAAGAGACCAAGUAUGAUUCAAAAACAGAUAAUAAACUACAUUCAACUGACAAACUUCAUGAUCAACAAUUAUUGACUUCUGAAAAAAAUAAUCAAGUACAAUCUAUAAAUAUCGAGGUUGAACAAUUUCCUAUCAGAAGAAGAAAAGCAGUAAUAGAAAAGGAUAACAAUACACUCGCACAAACUAAUGUGAGAAAACAUUCAAAUGUUACUUGUGUGAGUCCUUCAAACGAAAAUAAAUUAAAUAAAUCAACAGAGAAUGUUAAAUGUUUGUUUAUGAAUAAUUCAAAAGAAUCAUCAAGUCCAUCUAAACAGAAGAAUAAUCAGUCCACAUGCAAUUUAGAUACCCUUAAGUGUACAAAUAAUACCACAGAUUCCAAGCACUCAAAUAAAUCUAAUAAAAGUUCCAUUAAAAAUACAUCUGUUGAAACAAGUCCUAAUAAUACUGUGAUACCAUCUAUCAGUGUUGAAGUUGAACAAGUUCCAAUCACAAGAAAAACUAAUGUAUUAAAAAAAGAUGAUACUCUAAAUAAAUUUAAUAAAGUUGCCCAGUCAUCAUGUAUUCUGAAUAAAACCAAGUAUGAUUCAAAAUCAGAUAAUAAACUGCUUUCAACAGACAAACUUCCUAACCAAAAAUUAUUUUCUUAUGAAAACAAAAAUCCAAUUUCGUCAAUAAAUAUUGAUGUUGAACAAGUUUCAACUAUAAGAAAAACAAAAGUAUUAGAAAGUGAUAAUAGCUCUUUAAACAGAUUAAAUAAAUUCACUCAAGAAUUUAAAGACCAUAAAGAUAAAUGUGACUCAAAAAUGAGUAACAAACAUAUUUCAACAGACAUACUUUGCAAUGAAAAAUUAUCUACUUGCGAAAACAAAAAUCAGAUACCAUCUGUUAAUAUUGAAGUUGAACAAUUUCCUAUCAGAAGAAGAAAAGCAGUAAUAGAAAAGGAUAACAAUACACUCGCACUAACUAAUGUAAGAAAACGUUCAUAUGUUACUUGUAUGAGUCCUUCAAACAAAAAUGAAUUUGAGUAUGUUAAAUGCAUGUCUGUGAAUAAUAAUAGAGAAUCAUCUAGUCCAUCUCAACAAAAGAAUAGUCGAUCCACGUGCAAUUUAGAUACCUAUAAGUGUGUAAAUAAUGUCACAGAAUCUAAACUCUUAAAUAAAUCUAGUGAAAGUUCCUUGAAAAACACACCUGUUGAAACGAGUCCUACUAAUAAAACUGUUAAACCAUCUAUCAAUAUUGAAGUUGAGCAAGGGUUCAUUUUUAGACAAUCAAAUUUGAGAAAAGUAAUAAUGCACUCAACCUCAGAUGAUAAACAAGAAACAAAGAAAGGAAGACGUGUUCAAUUGAUAACUAUACAAGAUCAUUAUUCAGAACCUGUGCCUAGUUUUAAUGGUGCUAAAAAAACAGACAUUGAUGUUAGCAAUAAAUCCAUUCUUACAGAAAAAGUAGUUGAAAGUAGUAGCCGUUUUUUUGUACCCCAAGUGAAAAGAAGAAGAACAAUGAAUUUUGGCAGUGCUGAUUCAUAAGUUCUUACUUUUUCAUACUUCUAUAGUUCUUCUAAAAAAUUACUUUUAGUGCUAUACAACAAUUUUCUAAUCUACUUUUUUCUUUUUUUUAUCUAUGAAUCAUAUACUUAGUUUGUUAACAUUUUUACUCAUUUAUUACAUAAAUCGUGAUUACAAAGCUACUUAGAUAGUAGUUGUAAAGUUUUGAGGUAAAGAGUGUUGAACAUAAUAAUGCAGGUAUUAAAAUAAUUGUUUUCAAAGGAGCUCAAUUGAACAAAAAUGGUUAAGAUUUUGUUAAUAUACUAUAUUCCUUAA